AUGUUGCUGGUUAUAUGUAUAGCUGUUUGUAUUGCAGUCGAGCUUCAAAAAGGUGAUCAUAUUUUUGUAAAGGCCGUUGAUAAUUACAUAAACUGGAUUUAUGGUGCUGCUGAUGAUGUGUAUACAACAUUCAGUGGCGAACUGCUGUUUCCUGAAACGACAGUUGAUUCUUCUGUCAAAGCUGCAUUUUGCGUUUCUUUAACCUACAAUUUGACAUUUAAUGGUGACCAUGUUGUUUAUGAUAAAAUAAUUACCAAUGUCGGGAAUGGCUAUGAUGCCAAUACGGGAGUGUUUACAGUAUCAGUACCAGGGCUUUAUAUGAUUCAUUACCAUGCGCUUGCGCAACUUGGAAAGAGGAUGUGGUUGGACUUGUAUCAAAAUGACAAAUACAUAAAUACUGCUUUUGGAGAGGCACCUAGUACCUAUGCUGAUCACGGUAACAGUGCAAUUUUAGAACUGCACGCUGGAGAUAAAGUUUGGGUGAGUGGAAGACCCGGUGAUACAGUCAUCUUAUAUGGAGAUGCAUCGGAUAAUCAACUUUAUGCAACUUUUACAGCUUUUUUUCUUUCGCCUGCUCUGCAUGUGAUAUCUACAACAGUAGGCAACGAUAGAAAAGUUCCGGCUUUCUCCGUUGGAUUAACCCACGAUAUAGAUAACACACAAACUGGAUUGACUACGCACAACGUUAUAUUUGACAGAGUUUGGACAAACCAGGGCGGAGUUUUUAAUAUGGCAACCGGAGAAUUUAGAGCUAUAGUUCAUGGCGUUUACGUUUUUCAUUACCAUGCUAUAUCUGCAACAGAUACUGAGGUACUAAUAGAGCUUUAUCAUAACGAUGAAUAUAUUGACUCACUGUAUGGUCAUCAUACUAAUGGAUGGGCAGGCGGCAGCAACUCGGCAACACUCCGACUUUCAGUUGACGACACUGUAUAUUUACAUAUGAAUACCAAUUCCACAACUAGCCUGGAGAACCAAAUGCGAUGUAUACCACAUUUUCAGGAUACCUCUUGUCACCAAUUACAAACUGAAGCAGUAUAUUUUCGUUUGACUGUGUGUAUACGAGAAAGAUUGAUAAAGGAUUGCUUCUCCUAA